CUAAUGCCAAUCCUUAUUUUUCCUUCCAGGCUACUCCCCUGAAUGGUGCCAGAAUGAAGGAGGAGAUUCUUUUAGCCACUCUGCUACUCAUUCUGCCAAUCAGCUGGGCAGCACCAAAGGAUGGCAGUAAGAGGCCAGAGACCCUCAAUGAUUCUAGGAAUCAUCCCAUCCUUAACCCUCUGCAUCCAGGGAAGGAGAAUGUGAGGAUGCUCCAAGACUAUUUGAGGAAUGUUGGUCAGAUUGAGAAGGAUGCUGACAUCAUGACAAGGGAACAGGCUCUCUUACUUCUCUUUGCUCUUCAUGACUAUGACAAGAGUGGCCGACUGGAUGGCCUCGAAUUCAUGCGGAUGCUUAGUGAGCUGGUGGAAGAACAAGCCAAAAGGCAACCCUUGUCUGACUUACUGGUGCUGAUGGUGGACAGCAUCCUGGAGACACAGGACUUGAACCAGGAUGGGUUGCUGGAUCCCUCCGAGCUGUUUCUGGGCCCCUGGCAGGAUCAGGCCCCAGUACUGCUUGCUGCCCCCAGUGGAGAAGAUGGGGCAGUGUUAUGGGCCCCUCCAGAGCCAGACGGACAAAGUGUUGGGCUCUCAGACCUCCCAGUCCAGCACGGUACAUCAGAACCCCCGGCUGCCCCAGAGACUUUUCAGGAGCAGGGAGUGAUGGAGGCCCCUUCACUGAGCCCUGGAACACCAAUGCAUAAAGGGGAUCCUGGCCAGGAAGCAUCGCUGGACACUCAGGGACAAGGGGCUGAGAUGCCUCCUGUUCCUGGAAACUGAUGCAUACCCUGCUCAGGAGAGGAAGAAGUCUGGUGGGUGGCUUGGCCCUGUGGACAGAGGAGCAGAACUAUUCCAGGGCAAUUCCCUAGAAGAGGCUGCAGGUAGGUGGUUCUCCAUUCCACUCCCUUCCAGCCAAUUCGAGCUUGCUGCUGUCAUUUCCUGUUGUGCCCAUGUCCCUGGAACCACCCAGAUUUCUCACCCUUUCAGUCAUGUGUGCAGCUCUCAGGCUCUGUGCACAAAUCCUUGCUUAUCUUGCCUGCUCCAAGUGCCAUCCCCAUCAACAUGCAACUGAGAAUCCCAAAUGUACUGUCCCCUGUAUGGAUAUUGAUUGGCUUAGCCUGGAUCAGGUGUCCAGGACCUGGUAUCCUUGGUGUCCUUCACAGAACAUCUCUUUGCAGAGAAGGCUUUACCCAGCUCUCUGUGUACCAUGCAAGUAGGUCUGGAGGCUGCAAUGCCAGUGGUGUUCUCCACCUCCAAGUGCCACUCCCCCCACCAAAUAGGCAAAGAACCAUUUCCUACUCCCAGCCUCAAGACUCUCAGGAUGUGAAACACAGAAGCACAAUGCCUGCAUGCUAGGGAACUGGUUAGUGUCUGUCUUGGCUCCUCCCAACACAUGAAGCUGCCUUCUAUCAAGUCACUCCUUGGUUGAUCAAGGCCAGCAUUGUCCACUCUGACUGGCAGCAAUUCUCCAGGGUCUCACAUGGAAGCCUUUCACAUCACCUACCAAGUAAUCCUUUAAACUAGAGAUGCCUGGAAUUGAACCUGGGCUCUUUAAUCACGCAAAGCAGAUGCUCUACCACUGAGCCGCAGCAACUCUCCUAAGUGGGCAGCUGCUGUCUACCUUUCCUUCCUUGUAGGUUUCAUAAAAGGAAGGUUACUGAUGGCAUUGGCCCUCUCAAUCUCCUGUACUUUGAUACACUCUCUGUGUUUUGCCCUGCCAAUAAAGUGUCUUUGAACUUGA